AUGGCCUUGGGUAACGACAUGGGGGAGACUGAGCUGUUAGAUGAAGAUGAUAAUGAUGAUGGUAGCGGUUACUGCCAAGCCCAGGGUCUUGUAAAAGCUGCUGAUGGCACUUGCAAGGUUCCUGAUAUCAUAACGGUCGUUCAUGAUGGAGACUCUAGUACAGCAUCAUCAUCAUCAUCGACAACGGCAUCCUCCUCCUCCUCUUCGUCAUCAUCACAGUCGGGGUCGUCGUCGUUGCCCAACCCCAUCGAGUCUCAAGAGAUGAUGGACCUUUUCAAAGACACCACAGACUUUGUAGUAUCACUUGUGGACGGCCGCCUUAUUGCCUACGAUGGGUGUGGGACGAAGCUGUGGACCUAUCAGGCCAGCUCUCCCACGGUCAAUGCUCGCUUCAACGAGACUGUGGCUAAGGAGCUGGGGAGUGGCGAUCUGGCCUCCCAUCUUGCUCGGGAAGAUCCCACUCGGAUCCCUAGGAUUGUCCCAGCUCUGGAUGGUAGUGUAUACAUUAUCACGCCCCACCCCAAGUCGCCCUCCCAAAGGGUCUUCACUCACUUACCGACCCUAUUAGAAGAUAUGGUUGGCGUUGCACCAUUCCACAGUCCGGCCUUCCCGGGUAUGUACGUUACGGGUAGUAAGGUCCAAGGAGGCAUCACGAUCGAUUUCUCAUCAUCUCGAGUUCAAUGGCAUCUCCCUAGCGGUCCUACUGGUCAUUAUAUGAAGGAGCAUAAACUGGUGUUUGCUCGGCAAGAAUGGGCCCUGCAUUCCCUGGCUGCUGAGGACUCGGAUGAGGUAUGGGGAGCCAGCUUUGUUGAGUUCCCACCAGUCACCCAUGAGCACCUUUUCCCUGGUACUGAGGUCAACGCUCGUGCUCGAGCUCUUACUAGUGUAAUUGGAAUACUCGAUAACCAAACAAGCGUCUAUAAGGAGAUAUUCGACAGUAGCCGAUGCCCCGCUGUCCACGAACAUGGAGGAGUUGACAAGCUGCCCAUCAUCACUUUAGCAUUCGACUCACCAGUGGUAUCUGUCUUUGCCGUGGUUAGCCCUCAGGAUACUCCAGCUAAGCUGGCCAUGGUGCCGGUAGCACAUGCUGGCCCUUGGUGCCACGAGUUUCCGGGCUAUGACAAGUUACCAGUGCCCUCCUAUGUUAACAUGCCUCAUGCUUAUGAUGGCCGACCACAGCUGUAUCCACCCUUUACCUAUGAGGAUAGGAGUAUGGGGUCCAGCAGCAUGGAUGGGGAGCCCUAUCACAUGUAUAAGGACCGCCGGAGGAGUCCUGAGCCGUUACAGUUAGCAUUGGAAGGUGGGGUCACGCUUGACGAGAUGGCAUCGAUUUUUAUCAAGUUGAAUGGUCCUAAUAAGCUGUUCUUUGGUGGUCUGGGUGGUGAUGAUGAUGAUAAUGGUCCUCGAGGGGCCCCAGGGGGCUUUGGAAGGCUACAGGAAGGGUAUGGAUACAACGAUGCUGGCAAGAUUAGGCCCCUGAGUUUACCUGGACCAGGGGAGACCUCGACACAUCUAGAGAAGGCUCAUCACCUCAAUCAUGUUGCCCGUAACACCUCCCUUAGGGAAUUCAUAGCCGUCAAGUAUCAGCACAAUUACAUAGUACUGGUCUUCUUGCUGGGUCUCAUGGGCCUAGGGGCAGUGGUGUAUCGGUUCAUCGCAGGUUGGAUGCAGGUCUUCAAGGUAGUGGCCCCGGAUGGUGAGAGUAUGUCUCCUGGCUCUGGUGUGGAUGAUGCUGAUGACGACGAGAUGAGUGAAGACGAGGAGGUGUAUGAGGACGAGGAGGACCUGGCGGAUUCGGGUUUGCUAUCAACCGAUUUGGUUGAUCAACCCUAUGAGAUGGGAAGGUUCCUUGAUAUUAGGCAUGAUAUAAUGUACUUACCGGAGUGGCAAGAUGUCCUACUGCAGACUAGUAUGAACAAGCGCUUACAACAGUUCAACGACCUCACUAGGAUAGCGUUCAAGCAUGGCGAGAGUGAUGUGAGAACGUUGCAUGGUGGAGUAUUGUUCCUUGGGAGGAACGUGGAUGACCCGCAGUUCAUCUUCCGUAACCCUAAGCAAGAGCUCAGUCAGAGACCUAACGUCCCCAAGUUCACUCAAGCCGUUAGGAAUGCCGUUGCCAGUAACGCGAUGAAGGAAGUGCGGUAUCUAAAAGCCUAUUGUCCCAAGGCGUGUGUGGCUAGUUGGAACACGUUCGAAGGGGUUAUUCAGGACUUCGUCGCCAAACACCCGUCCACCUCCCACGUUGAUUGUCGAGAUAUCGAUCCUGAGGUGGCGCGAGAUGCAUCACUCAUCAUCAUGGCCCUGAGAGAUACGGAUGCUCAUGAGGACAAUAUGAUGCGGGAUAAGCUGGGUAGGAUUGCCUUGUUCGACCUUGGAUGUGCCUUGGCUGACCGUCCACUGCCCAGGGAUGACAUGACUCAGGAGUAUCUCGAUAACUUUGCUAUCUGGCAUCAGAAUCCUCUACUCCUGGACGUUCCCUUCACCCCAAAGCAUGUGCGCUAUCUUAAGUCACUCGACUUCGAUAGGCUGAAGAAAAUCUGGGUAUACUAUACGUAUCCCCAAUAUGUGGUCGCGGAGUAUGAUAGAGCCAGACGACGCGAGAGGCUGCGGAGGUCAUCUCAGAAUCGCCAUGCUCAGCAUCGUUCGAAGAGCCUCACUAAUCCUGGUCCAGUACGGCAGGUGUUUGGGUAUCUUGUAACCCCUAAGGGCGGACCAGAGCCUUCGGAGGUGUCUCGGCGAGAUGACACUCCAGUGGAAGAUAGAAGUGCUCAGGCGCCCCCUCCUAUGCGGUUGUCAGUGUCGGCGGCACGGGAUACCGCUUCCUGCUCGCCUGGUCCUGAAGGGACGGGCUCAUCACCCAAUCAACGACAAUGCGACAGUUCUGAUGUGGGAAGUGAUAAUGCAACUUCGAGUGGGGAGGAGGCGGGGUGCUCUAAUGACGAUUCUGUGUCAAGUCAGCCUAGCGCCCUGGUAAAGGGACGGCCACGUGCUGAUACUGUCGCUGUUGGUAAGGCUGAUGUGGUCGAGGAGGAUGAGAAGAUGAAGAAUAGUCAUGAGGCUGUUGAUCAUGACGAAGUUGGGGACUAUGAUGAGCUCAGGCUUGUGCCUGCGAUCGAUAUGGUCAACGUGAUGGAGGCUAAUGUACGAUUCCUUCUUAGAUGCGCUGAGACGGAUAAACCCAUGCUAUUCGCUGCUGAGGUACUGUAUAGUGGCCUUUACGAGCGAGUGUGGCAUGAGCUACCUACCGGAGUACAGGACUUCGAUGCCUUAGGAGAUGCUCUAGUCGAUAUCGCCAGUGUCGAGUCUGUAUACGAUAUCUUCACUGAUUGGGAUGAUAGGCGUACUGGUCGUCGUCAUGUGAACAUGUUGUGGGCCGGCCCUCCUAGACCGCCGCUGCCUCUGUGCAAGGGUUCGGAUGCUGCCACCGUUAACAGUGAUAAGCUCAGCGUUCCUACGAACAGCGGCUCAAUGUCGUGUCACAGCAGCUCUGGGGUGUCCCAAUUCGAUGGUGAGAUUGAGAUGGUUGGAUUUGAUGACGACACUAACGUCGAGGCGGCCGCCAAUGACAGCAGCAGUGGAGAAGAUAGGAAGUCCACAGUGUUGAUACCAACCUUUGCUCUGGAGAUGAUCGGAUCGUCUCUGAGGAGUGAUGCCUACUCCGCUGCCUUCUGA